CUCUCUCUCUCUCUCUCUCUCUCUCUCUCAUCCUCCCUGGCGUAAGUAACAGUGUGUCGCUUUCUCUCUCAUCUUCAUCUCUCUAUCUCUACACACUCGGCUGCUUCUAUAUAAACACCCCCAGGCCCCCCACGACUACCCACAUUUCCAUUUCUUUAAUCUCUCUCUCUAGAACACAGAGAUUAUCAAGUCUUCCCAUUCAAGAACGGAGCCAGGAAACAUGAUUCCAGCGAGGAAGAUGGUAACGAGAAGCAGCAGCAUGGCAGGAUUGAUCGCAUCUUCUUCCCGUGGUCUUGCCAUUGGACAGCAGCCUAACAUGAUGGACGGCCAGUUUAACUCACUUCACAUAGGCCAAGGCACAGAAGAAAACCGCGUCGAAAGGAAAAGAGAAGAUGAAUUUGACAGCCUAUCCGGAAGUGAAAACGGCCCGGAGGGUGGCUCCGAUGUUGAUGAUGAUCCAGAAGACAGCAACGGCCGGAAGAACAAGAAGAAAAGGCGCUAUCACCGCCACACGCAGCAUCAAAUCCAAACAAUGGAAGCAUUCUUCAAAGAGUGUCCACACCCAGAUGACAAGCAAAGGAGGGAACUCGGGCUUGAUUUGGGGUUGAAACCUUUGCAAAUCAAGUUUUGGUUCCAAAACAAGCGCACCCAAUUGAAGAUGCAACAUGAGAGGCAUGAGAACUCGCAGCUUCGAUUGGAGAACGAAAGGCUCAGGAUCGACAACAUGAGGUACAAGGAGGCUCUCAACAAUGCCGCUUGCCCUGCUUGCGGAGGCCCCACUGCUCUAGCGGAAUUGUCUUUCGAGGAACAUCAGCUCCGCAUCGAGAACUCUCGUUUGAGAGACGAGGUGGAAAAGAUUGCAGCCAUGGCAGCUCAGUACACGGGCAAGCCUAUGCUAAACUUCACUAUGGAUUCGCCACCAGUCAAUGAGCAAGGUGUUGGAGGGGAGCUACCAUAUGGAGCAGGGGACAUAUUUAGGUCAACUGGUGGACCAACUGGAUAUCAGGUGGACAAGCAGUUGAUACUUGAACUUGCUGGUGUAGCCAUGGACGAGUUGAUCAGAAUGGCCCGAAUUGGUGAACCGCUUUGGGUCCCUGGCAUCGACAACAGCAGCUGUGGUUUUGUGCUGAAUGAAGAAGAGUACUUCAGGGCAUUUUCCGGUUGUUUUGGGCGGAGACUUCCGGCUCUCAAAUCUGAAGCAUCGCGUGCGAUUGGCAUUGUCAUGAUGAGCCCCAGUAACCUUGCUGAAAUUCUCAUGGAUGUGAAUCAAUGGUCGGCUGUGUUUGCUGAGAUCGUCGCAAGAGCUAUGAUUCUCGAAGUUCUAUCAACAAGAGUAGGAGGAAACUGCGACGGAUCCAUGCAAGUGAUGAGUGCUGAAUUCCAAGUGCUUUCGCCAGUCGUCCCGACUCGGGAGACCCCUUUUGUGAGGUACUGCAAGCACCAUGGUGACGGGAGUUGGGCAGUGGUGGACUUCUCUCCGGACAGUUUGCACCCUGCUGCGUUAGCGAGAUGCCGAAGAAGGCCAUCUGGAUGUUUAAUUCAGGAAAUGCCCAAUGGAUACUCAAAGGUUACAUGGGUAGAACAUGUUGAAGUGGACGACAGUGGCACUCUUAACAUCUACAGGCCGCUAGUCAACUCUGGCCUCGCGUUCGGGGCUAAACGCUGGACUUCUACUCUUGAAAGGCAAUGCGAGCGCUUUGCCAGUGCCAUGGCAACAAACGUUCCCCCUAACGAUCUCUCUGAUACCGGAGGAAGGAGGAACAUGCUGAAGCUGGCAGAGCGAAUGGUGAUAAGCUUCUGCGGUGGUGUUGGUGCCUCCACUGCUCAGACGUGGACGGCGCUGUCAGGAAGCGGAGCCGAUGACGUGAGAGUUAUGACACAAAAGAGCGUAAAUAAUCCGGGUCGCCCUUCCGGAGUUGUUAUUAGUGCCGCGACUUCCUUCUGGCUCCCGGUUGCACCCAAGAGAGUGUUUGGUUUUCUUCGCAAUGAGAGCUUUCGAACCGAGUGGGACAUCCUUUGUAAUGGUGGUGUGGUUGAAGAAAUAGCACACGUUUCCAAUGGCCGAGAAAUCGGCAACUGUGUAUCGCUCAUUCGAGUAAAUGGCGUCGAUGGAGACCAAAGCAACAUGCUGAUAAUUCAAGAAAGUUGCUGUGAUCCGACUGGCUCCUUUGUCGUCUAUGCCCCGGUCGAUGUUCAGGCCAUCGAAAUGGUAUUGGGUGGGGGAGAUCCAGACUACGUGGCUCUUCUGCCGUCGGGAUUUUCCAUACUACCAGACGGGCCACCAAACCAACAAGGAGGCGGCACUGGUGGAGCUGGUGGCUCCGGUGGAACUCUUAUAACAGCCGCGUUCCAGAUCUUGGUUGAUUCUGCUCCGGAUGCAAAACUCGCCCUUGGAACAGUCACGACUGUCAACAACCUCAUCGCUUGCACUGUGGAGCGGCUUAAGGCUGCAGUGGGAAGCAGACUUGCUUGACAAGGCAAUGCCUAAAAUUUAGUGAAUAAUAAGGGAACAGUGGAAUAGCUGCUGGAUCCAUAGCUGCAGAAGGCGCGAAAGAAGGCAAGAUCGCACCGCGUAUGCUUGUUGAUGGUGCUGGGCCUGAUCAUUUAGGCUUAGCCGAAGCUUCAAGGAUUAGUGGUUCGGAAUUGACUUCUCCAAACAAAAGCGCACAGAACAAUUUAAAGGCAUUUUCAGUUUGUUGGUUUUUAUGUUCACAGCUUGAGUCUCUUGCCUUGUUUGAAAGGGCUAUGGUUUUGCAUGGGUAAAGAUAUGGAACUUUCCUAUGCAUCACCUUGUUUGUUUGUGUGUUUUUGGAGCUUUUGUGGUUUGAUGAGCUUAAACUUGUUGCAAACCCUUUUUUGCCAUUUUUAAGAUCAGUCUUUGAAAAUGGUUUUGAUAUCUAGUCUUCCUUUUGGAUUGUU